GUGACUCGACUAUUCCGCCACAGCAACCGAAAUGGCGUAACCCCUUAAUAGUGUGCCAUUGAGGAAAUAGUGUACACAUUCGGACACAACCUGUAUGUUUGGUGGGAGGAGCUAACAUGUAAACCGAAGGGCGAGGAUUGAAGAUGUAAUACCUAACAAUUCAAGAAAAUGAGACUUGGCCAGUACCUACCUACGGACAUUAGCAUCGUAUAGUCUUGUGUAAAGGUGCUCGAUUCUCAGCUAUAUAGGAAGGUCUUCCAACAUGAGAUUGAAAUUGGGAUUUAUUUUACGGGGUUUACUUCUCAUUCUUACGUUUCUUGUAUUAGCGGUGUUGUGGUCUUCAUUAACCAAACUGAGCGCCGGGAAUCACUUUGGAGCACGGGAUGAUGGAUUGAUUCCUCAAGGAGACCCAGCAGACCAUUUUAAGCCUGUUGUCCCCUGGCCACAUGUGGAAGGUAUUGAAGUUGACCUCAACUCAAUCAUACUGAAGCCGGGAGGGGGGCAAGAUGUGCAAGUCCCCAAGCAGCAUCCCAGUCAGAAUCAGGCCAUCCAGCAACAGUAUGCAACGUUCACGCCCCAUUUUCACAAUUACAAUGGCCCCAUUCUUAAAAAAGGAGUUCUUGGAAACCUUGAACCCAAAGACACUGAGCCACCAGGGGUCCCAGAUGGCCCAGGAGAAGGAGCCAAGCCACUUGUUCUGGGCCCAGAAUACAAAGAAGCAAUCCAUGCAUCCAUCAAAGAGUUUGGCUUCAACAUGGUUGCCAGUGACAUGAUAUCGCUGGACAGGACCAUUAAAGAUAUACGCCAUGAAGAGUGCAAGUACUGGCAUUAUGAUGAGAGACUACUGACCUCCAGUGUGGUGAUAGUCUUCCAUAAUGAAGGCUGGUCUACCUUAAUGAGAACAAUCCACAGUGUCAUCAAGAGAACUCCCAGGAAAUACUUGGCUGAAAUUGUCAUGAUAGAUGACUUUAGCAACAAAGUCCACUUGAAGGAACGUUUGGAGAUUUACAUCAAGCAGUGGAAUGGUCUGGUGAAACUUUACAGAAAUGAAAAGAGAGAGGGUCUCAUCCAGGCACGAAGUAUUGGAGCCAAGAAGGCCACAAAGGGACAGGUGCUAAUAUACUUGGAUGCUCACUGUGAGGUUGGAAUCAACUGGUAUGCUCCGUUGGUUGCUCCAAUUUCAGAGGACAGGACGGUAUGUACAGUACCACUCAUAGACUAUAUAGACGGUUAUGAGUAUAGUAUGGAACCCCAACAUGGUGGAGAUGAGGACGGUCUGGCUCGAGGAGCAUGGGACUGGAGCCUGCUCUGGAAGAGACUACCAUUAAACCAGAGAGAGAAAGCGCAAAGAAAACAUACUUCUGAGCCCUAUAGAACGGUGUGUACUGUUCCUUUGAUCGACACCAUCCAUGGAGAGAUGUUCACCAUUGAGACCCAGGGUGGUGGAGAUGCAGACGGCUUUGCAAGAGGAGCCUGGGACUGGAGCAUGCUGUGGAAGAGAGUUCCUCUGAACGACAGGGAAAAAAAACUAAGAAAAACUCAUACUGAGCCAUAUAGGUCUCCAGCCAUGGCAGGGGGUCUCUUUGCUAUAGAGCGUGACUACUUCUUUGAACUGGGCCUAUAUGACCCUGGAUUGCAGAUAUGGGGAGGAGAAAAUUUUGAAAUAUCAUACAAGAUAUGGCAGUGUGGUGGCAAACUGCUCUUUGUCCCGUGCUCUCGUGUUGGGCAUAUAUACAGACUUAAAGGUUGGCAAGGCAAUCCUCCCCCAGCACAUGUUGGUUCCUCACCUACUCUGAAGAAUUAUGUUCGUGUUGUGGAGGUAUGGUGGGAUGAAUACAAGGACUACUUCUACGCCAGUCGUCCUGAAACGCUAAACCUUGCCUAUGGAGACAUAAGUGAGCUGAAACAAUUCAGGCAAGACCACCGGUGCAAGAGCUUCAAAUGGUUCAUGGAGGAGAUCGCUUAUGACAUUCCGUUGUACUAUCCUCUGCCUCCAAAAAAUGUUGAAUGGGGAGAGAUUCGGGGCUUUGAGACGAGUUACUGUAUUGACAGUAUGGGACACACAAAUGGGGGGAAUGUGGAAACUGGACCAUGCCACAGAAUGGGUGGCAAUCAGCUGUUCCGUAUCAAUGAAGCCAACCAGCUGAUGCAGUAUGACCAGUGUCUGACCAGAGGAAAUGAUAAGUCAGCUGUCAUCAUCACACAUUGUGGCCAGAACCAGUACUCUGAAUGGAAGUAUUUCAAGGAUCUCCAUCGCUUCACUCAUGUGCCAACAGGAAAAUGUUUAGAUCGCUCAGACCUCCUCCACAAAGUGUUCAUAUCAGACUGUGACCCCAGUAAAACUACUCAAAGGUGGGAAAUGAACAACAUCGUGGCUGUAUAGAGACUGCUCAACUCAUACAAAUGAAACUGUUUGGACUACGCUGAAGAAAAUGGAUAUGCACCAAUUAUAAUAUGCAUUCAUGCAUACUUUAACUGGGCUGAUGGUGGGUCGUUUUAGAUCUGAGCCAUUCACUUGUCAGAAUGUGGCAAACCACCCCCCCCCCCGGCCCCCACCCCACCACUAAUCAUCAAUUGACUUUGGGUAAUAGAAAAGUUACUAGCAAAAAAAACAUGCCAGCCUGUAAUGUUCUUUGAUGUCACUCUGCUUUAUGGUACUGUGUUUACACUGGGUCUCCCAUAAAAAGGUUUUUUAAAAAUCACUCGUGCUGUUUAAUGCACCCUCCAUUUUGAAAAGCAUGACUUGAGUCCUUCAUUGUUCCAAGAAGAGAAACCAUCUUGGGUGCAGUCCGAUCUUGUCUCCUCAGCAGGAUAUGCUCCUCCUGACGAUCGGGCCAAUUUUGAGCCAUUGCCUUCCUUCAAGAUCAAAGUUAGCAAAGGCCUGAAUGUCUCUGAACUGUCCAGAGCAAUUCUUUUAAGAUGAGGUUUGUUGAAAGUGAUUUUUUUCCUCCACGAUCUGCUCGAAAAAUAGUUUGUGGCGGACGGUCAUAAAGAAUAAAACUUUUCAAUAUUGAGGACUGCAAAUUCUUGCGUGAGCAACUGGUCGUGUUUAUUUUUUGUAGAACGCCUGUUCCAAGACCACUCCAAUAAAACAAAAGACGAGUUUGCAACCAGAA